UCUCUUUUCUUUUCUAAACCAUCAUGGCGCUGCCCAUUGGAAGACUGCUUUUUCGGCAACACAGGGUUAUGCAACCUCUUUUAUCCUUAAUAAUGCAAUCGAAAUUUGAAAUUGUGCAAUGCCAGCAUUAUAGAAUGAUGAUAGCAAAUCAACGUAAUUUUCAUAGGAGCUCAGGACCUUUAAGGAAUGGAGAGUAUGAAAUGAAGGAUCCUGAAAGCCCAGAUGAAAUCGUCAAUAUUGUUUACAUUGAUCGUGAUGGCGACCAAAUACCUGUACAAGGAAAAAUAGGAGACAAUGUUAUGUAUUUGUCUCAUCGUCAUGGAGUGGAAAUAGAAGGUGCAUGUGAAGCCUCACUAGCGUGCUGUACAUGUCAUGUAAUUCUAGAUGAGGAAUACUUUGAUAAACUUCCAGAAAUAGAAGAAGAGGAAGAAGACAUGUUGGAUUUAGCACCUUUUCUCACAAGCACUUCUCGUCUCAGUUGUCAAAUUAAGCUCACAAAAGACCUUGAAGGCAUGGUGGUCAAACUGCCUAAAGCAACACGCAACUUUUAUGUUGACGGUCAUGUACCUGAGCCCCAUUGACACUCUGUGAAUGCGUAGAUAUUUGUAUUGAUGUGUAUUCUGGUGCUAAAGAUGUAAUUGUUAUGAUAGAGGUGAAACCAAAUGGGAUUGCAAAUGUGAUGUUAUUUGAACAGAAAUGUCUUCCAAUUGUGUACCUUCAAUGUAGGAAAACCAGUUGUCGAUGGACAGUCUGUUUUGGUGAGGAACUACAAAAUAAAAAUGACCUCCAAGUUUGUUGAAUUGCAAAUGUUACAUAUACAAAGACAAUAGAGGAAGUAAAGAAACAAUUGUAGAAUGUACAGUAUGCUAUGAGGUUGGAAGAGAUAGUGUCUGAUUAGUUAAUACCAAGGAACACCAAUGUGAUAUUUGUGUAUCAAGGAUAAUCUAGGACUUAGCUUGAUCUGCAAUUUGAAAAAAUGAAGGAUGUAACAUUUUAAAAUGUAAGAUGAAUUAUUUUAGGUGUUAAAUGCACUUUUUUUACUCUAAAAAGUGUUGUGUUGCAUAUUAAUAGACAUUGGUAAUCAAUAAGUGUAGUAAAAUAUAUGUAAUUCUUCAAAAGCUGGAUUUGUUUUGGCUGUUUAUCAUUUGAUAACUUAGUUGACCCCCUUAAACAAGCAAUUUAAUUUUCUAUUUUAGUAGGUUUUCCCAUAUUUUAACCCCAGACAGUAUAUCUGGAAUAUCAUAAAUAAGAAUUGAAUAAAUAAAUAUAUAAUUACCAAUAUACUAUAUGAUCUGUGGUUCUUUGGUUGAGGCAAUUCUUGUGUAGAGCAUAGAUAGCUGCACCCAAAGUGGAAAGUGUCCACCACAUCAAGUUUGUAGGAAAAUGAAGAUUCUGUAAAAGUUGCUUUUGACUUGUAAAAAGACAAUAGUUCAACUGUAUUUGAACGCACAAAAUGCUGAGUACAGUACUAUUAAAAUAUAUUAUGUCUGUUUUUAUCCAAAGAUUUAGAGCUGGUCUGUAUGUAACAGUAUAGUGCAUUUUUGUUGGUAUAUUUGCUUUAUACUAUAUGUUAAUGAUUUGCUGUAAUAAAUCAUAUUGUUAUAUGCAUAUUUUAAA